AUGACUGUGGCGCCACCGCGAGGGGGCCCACAGCCCCCGCCCCCCGUGGGCCCGUGCAAGACCAGGUUGCAGACCUCCUCAGGAGCCUGGGUGCGCGAGGCCCGGACAGAAGAAUUCCGUCGUGUGGCCGGGCUUUGUGCAGAGGCCUUCGCAGAGGAUACAGGACCACGAAAUACCUUCACGUCCUUGCUGGGUCGAACCCAGCGGGUAUUUCUGGCAGCAGUCAUGGAAGUGUCACUGGUGCAGCGAGCGUUGGUCGCGGCGUUCUUCCAGGGCCGUGCAGAGCGCUUGCGCCAGAAGCCGCCCAAGAGGCACAAGGUCUUGGUCGUCGACUCCUCGGAUGGCGCAGCUCCGGUGGCCGCUUGUGAGCUGCAGCAGACGGAGCCGUCGGUGGCCUUCUUGAGAUCCAUGGCGGUUGCGCCGCACUGCCGGCGGCGUGGCUACGCACGGCGGCUGUUGAGGUCGGCCGAGAAAGCUGCGCGCGCUUGGGGCUGCGAGGCUGUCGUUUUGGAUGCUCGCCAGGACAACAUUCCUGCCGUGCAGCUGUACGAGUCUGCUGGCUUCCGUGCCGUGGGUUGGACGCCAGUUGAAGAGCUGGAGCUUGAGUGCCUUCUUGCCGGCAGAGGCAGCCGCCGCUGGUCGCGCAUGCUGCGGGGCACCCUAGACACGGAGGGCGACGAGGAGCCCUCUGGCAUGGAGCUCGCCGCGGAGCUGACGCGGCGGGCGCUCUAUCAGGUGCUUUUGGGCUUGUUGGCCUCAGCAAUCUUCUUCCCGAGGUGA